CGGAGCUGCGGUUACACAGCAAAUCAUGACGUCGAGGAACAGGGAGAGGGAGCAGAGAGCAAGAAGCUAUAAAAAGCCCAAAGUUUCAGACGUGUAAAUACAUCCUUCAAAGGGGGACCUUGUAACCUACAGGUGAAAUAAGAAUGGGAACUCUUCCUGCUGAAACCACAAACGCCAGAGACACCGCUGGAGACGCUCUUGCAAAAGACCAAGCUAAUGAGCAGCUGGAUGAUUUAUCACCCAAGAAUAAAACCGGAAAAGGCAAAAAGAAUUUAAAGGGAAACAUAUUGGUCUUGAUUCGUAAAAUAAAUCCCAAAACCAAGCCAAACAGCGAUUCUUCACCUCAAGCCCUGACAUUUGAGGAAUAUCUCAAAUUAAGAAGAAUUUCAGAAGCUGGCCAACAGCUCAUUAGCUUAGAAGAAAAGUUGUACCGGUAUGCGGAUGGCAGCGAAAACCAAGAAGAGGCCUUAAAAGAGGAAGAGGAGCUGAAACUAGCUUAUGAAACUUUCAGCCAAGAUCUCUGGACAACCAUUGCAGCCGGGGUGACUCUCUCGGGGGAAGAGUUGAGACGACUCGCCUCCGCCGUGCGCUCAAUCGAGCAGGAGGAAGAGAGGGACAAGAAAUGUUUGGAAGAGAAAGAGAGAAACGGGAGGAUCCCGCAGUGGAGGCCGAGGGAGUGCAGGAAGGAGCUGGACACUGUCCUACAGAAGGCCGUGGAACAGCGCAUGGAGGACAUCCUAGAGGUCAUGGGGGCCGAGAAACUGUCCUCAAUUAAACAAGACAUAUUCAAAAUGGGGAAACAGGUGAAAGAGGACCUGCUCAGAGUCGUCAAGAAUGUUAAGAGCUGUUACCCCGAGGGAUAUGAUAUCUGCAAUGUAUACGCAAAGCUAUACCACAUCGCCUUCUCCUCUCAGCUCAAGAAGAUAACAGAGUUUGGGCUGGGACAGGAUGAUUGCGCCUAUUUGCUGGGUUGGGUCCAUAAUUAUUAUCAGAAUGACAUAUUAAAACACAGAGACUUGGAAAAAGAGAUUGAUGGCAAAUCGUUGGGCAGUCUUCUUCCUGAAGAUGUAAUUAAACAACUGGAGUCACAGUAUGUUUCAAGCAGAGAGUCUGAAAUAAAGCAAUGGCUCUCUAAAGCUGUGGGAAAUGAAGUAACCAAAUGGAUGGAAGGGGAAAUCCCAGAGCAGAUGGAUGGGUUUUACCACAGUGAGAUAGCCAUUGAUGUGAUCCAGUGCAUAGUAGGAGCAGUAAAGGAGGCAAAGGAAGUGCUUGACGAGGAGUUUGGAAACAUGAUGCACGUGGUCAUGUGGGCACUGCAAGAGCUUCUGGAAAGGUACAAGAAAACGUUGGAAGAUUUUAUUAAAGAUAAAGAAAAACACAAGAAUUGCGCUGCUGUCAUUAAGGCAAAUAUGUUUAACUGUAAACAAUUCAGGGACUACAUUGAAAAAACCAAUGACCCCUUUGAGGCAGAAGAUAAAGAGAAGUGUCUGUCAGUCCUGAGCGGUCUGGAGGACACUGGCUAUAGGUAUCUGGCUGACCUCAUGCACCUGCCUCUGAAGCCUUACUACAAAGUGCUGAUUACCCAGGAAUGGCUGACCUCUUCCAAACCUGUCAUGGAUAACAUUCUUCACCUGGCUGAGAAACACAUUCACGAAUUCAGGAAACUGAAGCCUUGCUGUUUCCAGGAACUGCUGAAGAGGCUGCACUUUGAGGUUAUUGCUGAAUACAGCAAGAGGAUCAUGAAGAAGAAAAUCAAACUGAAAUCUGAACAGCAGCAAAUGGCGAUGGCAGAGAAGAUAUGUGACGACAACAGGAAAAUCCAGGAACUGUUCACACGCUAUGAAUCUAAAGAAGAUUGGCUGCAUCAUGUCCUCCCAAAAGUAGCCGAAGUGAUCAAGCUUCAAGACCAAAGUAUGAUUGUACUAGAAACUGCAACUCUGGUCAGAGAUUACCCCGAUAUCAGCGAAAAGCACUUGUCCGCUCUGCUCCACAUUAAAGCAAAUCUGCCCAGUAAAGAUGUUAAAAGCAUUAAGAAGGUUCUGCAGAUGAAAAAGGAAGACUUGAACAGUUGCCACUCAGCAAAGUCUUUCUUUGCCCUCGUUCCAGUGAGAUAGAGAAUCAUCCUUGAGACAAAGCAAACAGCAACCCAUGUCUAUGCAGUGCUGCUGUACAGCAUCAUUGCAAAUUCACAAACACCACCAGAACCCCUCGGACACAGGUUCAAUGAAGUGCUCCUGAGCACACACCACAUGGAAACUCAGCAACUCCGCAUUAAGCAUUGUCACCUUGUUAGGUGUCUUGCAAAGGAUCUCAAGUGAAUUUUCUGAAACCGCUGUGAAACUUUUUUAUGUAAAGGCAUCCAAAAGCAUGAAGUAAAAUGAUGUAUUUUUCCAAUAUGGCUUUUCUCCCUGCAGUAUUAUAGUAAAAUAUUGCCAUAGUACUGUUAUUAUUAUUAUUAUUAUUAUUGUGUGUAAAAUGUGUUUAGGUGAUACAUUUAAGAUAUACUGUUACACAAUACAUAGUUUCAAGGGAGAGUUCUUUGUGCUCUGAGUAGCAGUUUAGCUCGUUUUUGAUUUAUUUCGGUUUUACGAACACUUUACAAAUUGAGCUGUAAGAGGCUUCAUGUUACAAUGUAUUUGUAUUUGUGCAUUAAAAUAAAAUGUAUUUUUUUGUUGAAAUAGUUUCUAUUCAACCUGCUAAUAUACAGCUAAAGCAAACUACUGUGCAUCUGAAAUAGUGUUAUAUAUAUAUAUAUAUAUAGUAUAUGCUGUUGAGUGGCUUUUACCACUAAUCCCAAGGAGCUGUGUUUGUUUACAGUAUCGUUCUGCUAGAAUAAAGACUGGCUUCUGGCACAAAAUAUUUAUUUCUGUUGAAAUGUUACAUUCUUUUUUAUAUAUCAAGAGCAGCAUGACACCUAUACAACAAUGUGAAUAGAGAAGCUAUGUGAUUUUAUUUUAUUUUUUUAUUUGAAAUCUAUGCCUUGAACUCCGUACAUUGUGUAAAGAAUCGAUCUUCUUUUGUAAAUAUGUCUGCUGGAUUUCUUUUUUAUGAAGUUGUUUUUUUUUUUUUUUUUUAAUGCAGCUUUGUGCCAUGACUUGUAAUAUAUGCGUGAUUAAACAAUUACUAAAAAU